AGUUGCACUUAGGUACAGAAGACUCUUAACACUGAAAGAAGAAUAGAAUCAAAUCAGUGCUACAGGUAACAGUGAAACGUAAGUAUUAAGCGCGGGUGACAACACAAUGUCUCAUAAUCGAUGGUGUGUUUUACAUCACUUUUACUCCAAAGUUGACCUGUAUUAUCGGUCAAGUUUAAGGUUAGAGGCCAGUCUCGAUCUUAUGUUCAAGUAUAUAAAUAAGUUUCGCAAAGUAAUUGGAUUAUUUAUGCGUCUCCCUUGCUUCGGUUAUUUUGACUUUAGUGAACUACCUACACCAACCCAUUUGUAAGAUAAAAUAAGUAGAUAAGAUAAACGAAUAUAUAGGUACGCGUUGAUUUAUACUGUAAUCAACGUUUUGUCUAACGUUACAAAAUGACAAUACCUGCAAUUGAAAUGAACAAGGUAUACCAUUGAGAAGGGGAAAACAAAAAGAAAACAUGUCGAGAUCGAACGACUCCGUGGUUUUAACGGUAAAGCAAAUGGAAGUCCUUAAAACAAUGCUUUAUAGUAUUGGUAUUAAAGACUAUUCAUUGGCGCUGUCACCAGCUGUGGAAGAAGGGGAAAAUUGCGCCGGUGCUGUAACCAAAGCCGUAGUAAAAUGGACUGGUAAAAACGGCGAUUCUUGCACUUCACACUAUAUACUCAAGUGUAUCACCUCAGGAAGUGCCUUGGAAAAUCUGAUUCCCUUACAAGAUUGUUUUACAAGAGAAAUUUAUUUAUAUUCCAAGGUAUUUCCACAGUUCACGAAAAUGGAAGCUGAACACAACGUUAGGUUCAACAUUUAUCCUGAGUUCUACACCUCACUGGAAACAACGGAGGAGAAAAUGUUGGCAUUACAAGAUAUGAAAGCUUUAGGAUUCCGCCACCAUAACCGCCACCAGACUUUGGACUACGAGCACAUUCUGUUAGCGGUUAAGAAUUAUGCUCGAUUGCAUUCUCUGUCAUAUGCAACUCGCCAUCAACAGCCAACCCUGUAUGAAGAAUUCGAGAAGAACACCCCCGACCGAUUUUUUGUUGGGUUUAAGUACACAGGGGUUCGCUCAGUUUCUGAACAUCGGAUUCUUAACGCACUAAAAGCAUUGGAUCCAGUUGUUGAUCGAGAAAUAUACAAUGUAUUUUGUGACCUCAAGGAAAACAUGGUGUCAGUAUUAACGAAUUUGAUCAAUUCGAAAAAUCAGUACCAAGUGAUCAGUCACAUCGAUUGUGGACUUAUGAACUUAUUGUUUAAAUAUGACCUGAGUACUAACACGCCAACUGACGUCUGUAUGAUAGAUUGGCAACAUGGGCGUUCGGAGUCACCGGCUGUCGACUUGAUUACUUUCAUCUUUUCAUCAUCGGAUAGUAAAACUAGGGAACGUUAUCAUGAAUUAAUCAUGGAAUAUCACAGGUGCUUAUGUGUAUCUUUAGAAAAACUGGGGUGCGAUGGUAACAAAAUUUUGCCGUUCAGUAUUUUGGAAAAUGAGCUAAAAGUGUACGGAAUAGUUGGUUUUUGCUUUGCUAUUUUUUUAAUUUACGUUUAUUCUACUGUUGACCAAAGACGACCUGACGCGCUUAACGAUGAUUCUCAUGCGGAAGGAUACUCGUUCGUAUAUGACCUGCAAGAGGGGUCCGAGUUUGAUAGGAGGGUUAAGGAAGCUAUAAUUGACUUUUGGAGGUUGGGAUACAAUUUUAAAUAAAGUUAUUGAUCUUC